AGCCUGCCAGGCGUUGGCCGCGCUCGACGCCGCACUGCUGCCCCGGCGUGUGCUAUGGGGCUGUGAGCCGAACGGCUCGUACCACAGCGGUCCUCGCCCGCCAGCUGCACCAGUGGACCCAUCGCGCCAGCAGCCAUGACGGCCGCCGCCGGCACUUUGGUGGACCAGUUCGCCCACACGCAACAAGGCCAGGACCUGUUGGUCACGGUCGUGGACGACAAGGUCCACGCCCAGCGGUUUGUCGUGGCGCGCGAGGUGUCUACGGGGCGGGAGCGGCGCUUCGGCGUAGCACCCGGAGCGACGGCCGACGACGUUAGGUCAUUACUCCCUUCGCAUGCUACGACGAUCCCGUCGGAGGAGGACGUCGCAAGCCGUGCGAGAGCUAGGAAGCUCGUGACCGUCGCCGUGAGUCGGUGGGGGCGGGUGUCGCGGGCCGGCGCCUUUGAUCGGUGGAGGCGGACCAUCCGAGCUGAUUUAUUAGAGGAGGAGUUGCGGAACGGAAGGAUACGCGCGCGCUGCGUCACCUGGAACCAGCAGGCCAAGGAGAUAACUGCGGACGGUCUUGAGAGUCAACUACUCGUCCCGGACCGCUUCCACCUGAUCCACGUCGGCUGCCAGGAGUGCGAACGGUCCAUUUUAAAUAGUGUGGCGAACCCGUCGAAGCGAGAGUGGACGGCUACCUUACAAAGUUGUUUAGGACCCGCCUACAGCGUCGUGGCGUCGCACGCUUUACAGGCCACCCACGGCGUCGUGUUUGCCCAUGUAUCUAUACAAGGAUACAUCAGCAACGUCGCCACGUCGGCGGUCGCGACGGGACUGGGCGUCGAAGGCGCGAAGAUGGGCAACAAAGGCGGCAUCGGGAUUGCCUUGAAAAUCGGUGGUUUGGACGUGUGUUUCGUCGCGGCGCAUUUGUGUGCCCACCAGCACAAGGUCAAGGAGAGGAAUGCUGAGUUUCAUAGUAUCUCGAGUGGCUUGGCCAAAGUACUGGCACCAGGUUUCCUCGAUGACAGUAUCGAGGGCGGCGACAGGUUGCGCCAGGCCUUCGAUGCGGUCGUCUGGAGCGGGGACCUGAACUAUAGAGUUGAUUUAUCAAGAGAGGACGCCGAUAACGCUCUGGCUGCAAAUGACCUGCAUCUGUUGAAAGCCAGGGACCAGUUGGAUAACGCGCGGAGACAGGGAGACGCCUUCGCUGGUUUUGUAGAAGCAGAACGCGCCUUCCCGCCAACGUACAAGUUCGACAAGCGCAGCGACGUCUACGACACGUCGGAAAAACGAAGGGUGCCCUCGUGGACCGAUCGGGUGCUGGUCGCCUCGAAGGAGUGCGCCGCUAUUUUAGAGUAUGAGUCCGUGGCUGACUUAAGAUGGUCGGACCACCGGCCCGUCGCGGCGACCGUCGCUUUAGCCGUCGACCCCGCGGCGCGGUCGCCCGCCGGCUUUGCGCGCAAGGCGGCGCCCGAGAAGUCGGAGGUCUGUGCGCUCAUGUAAUUUAGUUUUAGGGAGU